AUGGAGUGGAGUCACCAGUGCAUGUCCAAAGCAGCUCAUAAUGAUGAUGACCUCUCCACUUCCACAUUUGAGUUUCUCACCAUUCCAGAUGGGUUGCCGCAAGACUAUGGUCGCCUCGCCAACCUUGCCGAGUACCUAAUCGCAAUACAAAAGCUUGGCCCAGUCUUGGAGCAUCAUUUGCGGUGCGGCUUAGCGGAGGGAACUCCUCCCAUCACCUGCAUUAUAGCAGAAAACUCCAUGUCUUGCACUCACCAAGUGGCCUACAAGCUGGGAGUGCCCCGACGGCCAGACAACGUGAUAACUUGUUUGCCUGAUAAUGAUCUGCUUUCCUUCUAUCGCGCUGCUGACACAUCGGACAUUUUCUUUCAGUGCUGUCUCUAUGACUCCCAAUUUCAAAGUAAGGCAGACUAUGUGCUGGUCAACACGUUCGAUGAACUGGAAGCCCCUGAGACGGUACGCGCACUGUCCUGUAACGGCUGCCCCGCUUUAGCAGUAGGGCCUGUAUUUCUUCCCAAUUUUUUGGAAGGGAGGGAUUUAAACGGGCGCGCGAGUCUGUUGGAGCAGGACGACAGCUGUUUUGAAUGGCUUGAUGCCCAUCAGCCAGCUUCUGUGAUAUACGUUUACUUCGGCAGCAUCGCCGUCAAAUCAAACGAGCAGCUGGAGGAGCUGGCAAUCGGGUUGGAGAAAAGCCAACACCCCUUUCUGUGGGUUCUGCGAAUGGAUAUUGCGGGAGGUAUGCCUGCAACUCUGCCAGAAGGUUUUGAAGAGAGGACAAAAUAUCGGGGACUGAUUGUGAAAUGGGCGCCUCAGGUGAAGGUUCUGUCCCACCCUUCUGUAGGAGGAUUUCUUACGCACUGCGGGUGGAACUCCUGUUUGGAGAGCAUGAGCUUCGGAAUUCCAAUGCUUGGAUGGCCCUAUUUCUGUGAUCAGUUUCUGGACUGCCGCUUCUCCAAAGAUGUGUGGAAGAUUGGCAUGGACUUGGAAGGCGUGGACAUUGAUGAAAAUCUGGUGGCUAAGAGGGAGGAGAUAGAGAAAGGCGUGAGAAAACUGAAGAAAGUGGAGGAGCUGAGAAAAAGGGGUAUGGGGUUGAGGGAGGCUGCAUUUAAAGCAGUUGGGCAGGGAGGUUAUUCUUCACUCAAUUUGAACAGAUUUGUUCUUGACAUGACAAAACUUUCCAAAUCGGCUUCUGUGAAAACGUCGUAG